GGGCGGAUGACGCGCGGGGCCGACGGAGGCGCCGCCACUUCCUGGAGCCGCCGGCCGGGGCCGCUCGUCGCACUCAGCGCCAGAGCCAGGAGCCAGCGGCCGUCGCCAUGUCCCACCAGACCGGCAUCCAAGCAAGUGAAGAUGUUAAAGAUAUCUUUGCCAGAGCUAGAAAUGGAAAAUACAGACUUCUGAAAAUAUCCAUUGAAAAUGAGCAGCUUGUGAUUGGAUCAUGUAGUCAGCCUUCAGAUUCCUGGGAAAAGGAUUAUGAUUCCUUUGUGUUACCCCUGUUGGAGGAUAAGCAGCCAUGCUAUCUGUUAUUCAGGUUAGAUUCUCAGAAUGCCCAGGGAUAUGAGUGGAUAUUCAUUGCAUGGUCUCCAGAUCAUUCUCAUGUUCGUCAAAAAAUGUUGUAUGCAGCAACAAGAGCAACUCUGAAAAAGGAAUUUGGAGGUGGCCACAUUAAAGAUGAAGUAUUUGGAACAGUAAAGGAAGAUGUAUCAUUACAUGGAUAUAAAAAGCAUUUGCUCUCACAGUCUUCCCCUGCACCAUUGACUGCAGCUGAGGAAGAAUUACGACAGAUUAAAAUCAAUGAGGUACAAACUGAUGUUGGUGUGGACACUAAGCAUCAAACACUACAAGGAGUAGCAUUUCCUAUUUCUCGAGAAGCUUUUCAGGCUUUGGAAAAACUAAGUAAAAGACAGCUCAACUAUGUGCAGUUGGAAAUCGAUAUAAAAAACGAAAUUAUAAUUUUGGCCAACACAACAAAUACAGAACUGAAAGAUUUGCCAAAGAGGAUUCCCAAGGAUUCAGCGCGUUACCAUUUCUUUCUGUAUAAACAUUCCCAUGAAGGAGACUACUUAGAGUCCAUAGUUUUUAUUUAUUCAAUGCCUGGAUACACAUGCAGUAUAAGAGAACGGAUGUUGUAUUCUAGCUGCAAGAGCCCUCUGCUAGAAAUUGUAGAAAGACAACUACAGAUGGAUGUAAUUAGAAAGAUUGAGAUAGACAAUGGGGAUGAAUUGACUGCAGACUUCCUUUAUGAGGAAGUACAUCCCAAGCAGCAUGCACAUAAGCAAAGUUUUGCAAAACCAAAAGGUCCUGCAGGAAAAAGAGGAAUUAGAAGACUAAUCCGGGGUCCAGCUGAAACGGAAGCCACUACUGAUUAAAAUUGUUAUAUUAAACAUUGCAACACUAGUUUUUUAAAAGUUCAGCUUUUAGUACAGGAGAACUGAAAUCAUUCCAUGUUGAUAUAUAGCAGGGAGGAAAAUUGUACUUUUUGAAAAAUAGCACUUUUCACUUCUGUGUGUUUUUAAAAUUAAUGUUAUAGAAGACUCAUGAUUUCUAUUUUUGAGUUAAAGCUAGAAGGGGUUUCAACAUAGUAAUGUUUAAUUUUGUCACACUGUUUUCACAGAGUGUUGAUUCCACACUUUCACAUAAUUUUUAAGGUUUUAUAUAGUUGGAACCAUACCAGAAAGUCUAAUGUCUUAAAGUAGAAUAUACUUCUUAUUACUCUUUAAUGAGACAUUUGUUUUGUUUUUUUUUAAGGGAAAUGGAAAGACCUUAAAAUAUUCACAUUUCUGCAUGAAUAUGUUAAGGACUAGAUUAGAUUAUUUUCUAAGCUGAAAAUGUAGUGUGCCUAGAAAAAAGUGGAAAGUUGCUUGCUCUGAGGAGCUGUGCUGUCAGACUGGGAUUAUGUCUGUACCUUUGAGAAAUAAUUGCAGCAGUUUUUUCUAUUUGACUUUUUAUUUUUUAAUGGCAUUAAAAUUUCAAGUCAGCUCACUCUGACAUUUUAAGAGUACCAGAUAUUUUCUAUAUUGCAGGAUUUCUGAUGACAUUGAUAGAUUUUAAACAGCCUUAGUAAAUUUUCUUUCCAUCGCUUUAAAAAAAUGUGUAUU